UGAGGCUUCGCUGUUGAUGUUGCGCGACCAUGGACGGUUACUCGCGUGAAAGAAUGAUGGCAGGGCCCCAAGGGGAGGCAGCUUACCACCAGUCCCAGUCGCCAACGCAAACACCAGCUGCUUUUGGCACAGGCCGACCACAACCACAUCAGUCCCCCAACGCCGUGCCCUUGCCGCACCAGCAGCACAACCACCACCCCCAUCCUCCCGCCGCCCAUCAACACCACCGCUCGCCCACCACCCCGGGCGCCACUGAGCUGCCGCCCAUCAGCGCCGCCCUCUACUCGCGCGACCGCAACACGUACUACGACCCGACGCAGGACAAUGGGCCCGUAGGACGAGACGCGGCGCCCCACCCGAGCCACUACCCUCCUCCGCAGACCCGAGACCCACACGCCUACCCAGAAUCGCGUCCAGCACACAGCCCCUACGAGCGCGCCCGUCACUCGCCCGUCGUCCAGUACGCACACCCGUCGCCGCUGCAGCGUCGCCCGUCGCAGGGCCCAUACCCAGCCGCCAUGGACGCCGUGUCCCACUCGCCCGUCUCGCCGACGGUCUAUCAGUCGAUGAACCGCGGCGCCGUUCAGCCUCCCCCACAGCCCUACGCGAGGAGACCGUCGAUGAAAGAGGAGGGGGCACCGCCACCACCACCACGCGCCGACCCCAUGUCCCUCUCUAGCAUCAUGUCCUCGGGCGCCGACAACGAACCCUCCAAGCCCUCACAGCCCCCCGCCUUCGCCUCAAAACCACCGCUGUUCGUCAAGCAGGAGGCGUUGCCCUCUCCGGCACCCGCCGACCUGCCUCACGCAAACGGCCACCAGGCGUACGAAGCCAUGCCACCCGUCGGCAGCGCACCGCCACCGCAACAGUAUGCUGCCCGCGAGCUACCUCCGCCAGACGAAGCCGAAGUUCAGGCUGCGCUGGCGCACAUCGAGACCACCCAGAUGAACGAGCUGGGCGCGACUGGUGCGCCGCGCGAGCGUGAGGAAUACGCCCAGAACAGCAAGAAGCGCGCUCUGGAUGUUGCAAGCGCAGAAGACAGCAAGCGCAAGCGCCGACGAGACGCUCACUUGAGGCGACUCACCGACACCCUGGCCGCACAUCGCGACUACGCUAAGCAGUCGUACAACAUGGAGCACGAGGGCGAUGCAUGGCAGCAGGUCCAGAGUCAAGAAAUCGCCGAAGAGAAGGAGCGCAAGAAGGACAUGCAGCGAAAGAGGCGGCGCGAGAAAACCAUCCAGAACGAGGAGGCCAAGCGUGCUGAAGCACUGGCCAAAGCUGGACAGGCUGACAACGAGGAAGAGAAGGAGAGGCACCUUCUGGCCGCUCAGAAAGCAGAGCGCAAGGCCAAGAACACUUCGCAACUCUUGCAGGGCAACGCCCCGAUCAAGGAUAUCCGUGACGUUACUCCCAACGGCCCCAACAUGGAGGGUGGAACUAUGAGCUCCUUCCAGGCAUCUGACGAUGUCGCCGGCGGGAAACGCAAGGGCGGUCGUAGCACAGGCCGUCUCAAGAAGAGCAAGGAGCAGAAGCAGGCGGAGAAGGACGCUGCUGCUGCUGGACAAGCUGCCAUCGACCGUGGCGACGACCUCCCUGCCAUUGCACCUCGCGACGAAGCACGUCUGGGUCUGCUUCAGAGCCGCAGUCAGACUGAGGACAUCGGGCCCGUGGUCCUCACAUCAUAUGAUUCCCAGGCGUACCGAAAUAUCUACAGCCAGAUUGUAAAGGAUAUCGCUCGUAAAGAUGUUCCUAAAGUGGUUCGCAUCAAAGAGAACUCUCUAUCGACCAAGCAGUCGAAUCUCCGCAAGACCGCACAGCUGGCGUCGAAGGAGGCUCGUAGGUGGCAGAUGCGCACCAACAAGAACACCAAGGAUAUGCAAGCGAGAGCCAAGCGCGGAAUGCGAGAAAUGUUGGCGUUCUGGAAGAGGAACGAGCGUGACGAGCGUGAAUCCCGGAAGAACGCUGAGCGACAGGAGCUUGAGAAUGCAAAGAAGGCUGAAGCGGACCGCGAAGCGAACCGACAAAAGCGCAAGCUCAACUUCCUUAUCUCUCAGACCGAGCUUUACUCCCAUUUCAUUGGCAAGAAAGCCAGGACGGCGGAAAUCGAGAGAUCGACAGACGAUGCAGAGACUGCGGCAAGCGCACCCGCCGAGGAGCUCGGAAGCGGCCUUGACCUCUCCAAGAUCUCUACCGAAGGCGCCGCGAAGGUCACAAGCUUUGAAGAUCUCGAUUUCGACAACGAGGAUGAGGGUGCCCUCAACGCUGCUGCCAUGGCCAACGCUCAACACGCCAUUCAAGAGGCGCAGGACAAAGCCCGGGCCUUUAACAAGGGUGGCGAUGGCGAAGAUGACGGCGAACUGAAUUUCCAAAAUCCCUCAGGUCUGCAAAACAGAGAAGACUGGAUACCUCAGCCCGGCUUACUCAGUUGCACGCUCAAGGAAUACCAACUCAAGGGUCUCAACUGGUUGGUCAAUUUGUACGAGCAGGGUAUCAACGGUAUUCUGGCCGAUGAGAUGGGUCUUGGAAAAACGGUGCAGUCCAUCUCCGUCAUGGCAUAUCUCGCCGAGCGUUACAACAUCUGGGGACCUUUCCUUGUCAUCGCUCCGGCCUCUACGCUGCACAAUUGGCAACAGGAAAUCACUCGCUUCGUUCCCGAUCUCAAUGUGUUGCCAUACUGGGGUACAGCGAAGGAUCGCAAGGUUCUGCGCAAGUUCUGGGACCGCAAGCACGUCACAUACGAUCGAAACUCGCCAUUCCAUGUUGUUGUCACAUCCUACCAACUGGUCGUGCAGGAUGCGCAAUAUUUCCAGAAGAUGCGUUGGCAGUACAUGAUCCUUGACGAGGCUCAGGCCAUCAAGUCCUCCCAGAGUUCUAGAUGGAAGAGUUUGCUCGGCUUCCACUCGCGCAACAGACUGCUGCUGACAGGAACACCCAUCCAGAACAACAUGCAAGAACUGUGGGCUUUGCUCCACUUCAUCAUGCCAACUUUGUUCGACUCUCACGACGAGUUCAGCGACUGGUUCUCGAAAGAUAUCGAAAGCCACGCGCAGAGUAACACCAAGCUGAACGAAGACCAGCUGAGGCGUUUGCACAUGAUCCUCAAGCCCUUCAUGUUAAGGCGUGUCAAGAAGCACGUCCAGAAGGAGUUGGGAGACAAGAUCGAGCUGGAUGUGUUCUGCGACCUUACGUACCGACAGCGCGCUUACUACACCAACUUGCGGAACAAGAUCAGCAUCAUGGACCUUAUCGAGAAGGCUGUUGGGGACGAGCAGGAUAGCGCAACGUUGAUGAACCUUGUCAUGCAGUUCAGGAAGGUUUGUAAUCAUCCCGACUUGUUCGAGCGCGCCGAUACCUGGUCACCAUUGUCCUUCGCUACCUUCGCUGAGACCGGAUCCUUCUUGCGCGAGGGCCAGAAUGUCCGGGUUGGCUAUUCGACGCGCAACAUGAUCGAGUAUCCUUUGCCACGGUUGGUGUGCCGCAACGGUGGAAGGCUCGAUAUCGCUGGCUCGGAGAACCCCAAGGCCGGUUUCAACGCUCACUGGCUGUACAAUCAGCUGAACAUCUGGACCCCCGACAACCUUGAGAGGUCAGCUCGAGAGACGGGUGCGCACUCGUGGCUUCGCUUCUCAGAUGUGUCGGCGACUGAAGCCUCGAGGAUUGCAAAGAGCGACCUGUUCCACCGAGCUAUCGAGCUUGGGGACAAGCCAAACAAGGCCGCUCGAUUCAACAUCUUCGACGACGACGACGAUGAUGAUAGUGGAGACUGGACACCAAAGCACUCGAUCCUGAACAUUGUGGGCCGACAAGACAGGAAGCCUUUGGCUGAGCUUACCACUGAGGGAUAUAUGCACAAUCUUCUUAAUGUGACUUGGCCUGCGUUCGAAGAGACAGGGCUUAACAUCGUUGAACGGUGUGCUAAGCCAGCGGCUGCUGCGCCUCCUGUCGAGCUGUACUGUGCCAGCCAGGCCGUUAUCGCCGAAAAGCAGAACACGUUCUUUAACCCGUCGAUACGAUCUGCUCUGUACGGUAUCUCAAGCACGGCCGAACGAGCGAUGUUGGAGAGCAAGGCGGACAGCACUGCUCUAACCGUUCGUGACAGGCUACCGCCUCCGACCAACGAGAGGUCCAGGUUCACGCACAUCGAGGCUCCUUCCAUGUCGCGCUUCGUCACAGAUUCUGGGAAGCUUGCUCGUUUGGAUGCCUUACUGAAGGAGCUGAAGGCCAACGACCACCGUGUGCUACUCUACUUCCAGAUGACAAGGAUGAUCGAUCUUAUGGAGGAGUACCUCACCUACCGCAACUACAAAUUCGUCCGCCUCGAUGGAUCCACCAAGCUCGAAGACCGUCGAGACACAGUUGCCGACUUCCAAAGCGACCAAUCUAUCUUCGUCUUCUUGCUGUCCACUCGUGCUGGUGGUCUCGGUAUCAACUUGACCUCUGCCGACACCGUCAUCUUCUACGACUCCGAUUGGAACCCUACCAUCGAUUCGCAAGCUAUGGAUCGUGCUCAUCGUCUUGGUCAAACCAGACAGGUCACUGUCUACCGUCUCAUCACCCGUGGUACCAUCGAGGAGCGCAUCCGUAAGCGUGCCCUGCAAAAGGAAGAAGUACAGCGCGUCGUCAUCUCCGGAGGCGCCGGCGGCGCAGUCGACUUCAACACUCGGUCCAGAGAGAACCGCACCAAGGACAUGGCAAUGUGGCUCGUGGACGACGAACAAGCAGCCGAGAUCGAGAAGAAAGAAGCGGAGCUCGCUGAGCAAGAGAAGAACGCGCCACCAGGCAAGAAGCGCAAGUCGAAAAAGCGAGUCGAAGCCAACUUGGACGACAUGUACCACGAAGGCGAAGGACACUUCGACCAGAGCGAGAAGCCCAGCGGUGCAGCGACACCCAUACCCAGCGAAGCACCCGCAGGCGGCAAGAAGAAGAAGGGUCUCAGCAAGAAAGCGAAGACAGCCAAACAGCGACUCGCCGUUGCUGACGGAGAAGUCUGAUCCUCGUGACCUUCAUCCAAAGCCGCCUUGUACCACUACCAAAUUUCUUUCCUAUCUAUAUCUUGCGACACGAUACAUUUGUCUCGCUUUGUUGGGCCGGGGCGGGAUGCAUGUGUACACUACGACGAUGUUCUUGGGGUUCAUAGCCGGAGUUUUGUUUGCUCGGACUGUUAGGAAAAGGUGUUCCACAACAGGAGUGUCGGUCGCUGUGAGGGACUUGAUGCACGAGUCUGUGUAGAUGAUGAUGUUCGACUUGAGAAUACAUUAUGCAUCAUCUGAAAACACUUUCCACGCGAGACAAUCAAUAUAUGAAGUCUGCGAUAAUGAAGGUCUCUUGCACGCUGCUCAAGCGAUC